CUAUCAACCUUCCAUUUCCGACCUUUUCUCUAUAAACGAAAGCACUAUCAGUUAUAUAUACAAUUCAUUUACAUACAAAAGUAAGAGAGAAAGAGAAGCAUUUCCAAUACCACAACAUGGGAACAAGCAACAAAGACGCAGAAUCCCAGCAACCACUACUAUCGGAAAAACCAUCCCUCCUCCGUCGCCAAAGCACCGUAAACCCGCCCAAUGAUCAACUAACUCCAGCCCAGAAAGCCAUCUCCCAAACCUUCCAAAGCACCGCCAACCUCGCCAAACUCCUCCCAACUGGCACACUCCUCGCCUUCCAAGUUCUCGCCCCACUCUUCGCCAACGCCGGUCACUGCUACCCCGUCAACCAGUUCAUGACUUCCUCUCUCGUCCUGCUUUGCGCCCUCUCUUGCUUCGUCCUCUCUUUCACCGACAGCUUCCGCGAUGCAAGUGGCGUUGUUCGUUACGGCUUUGCAACCUUCAAAGGGAUGUGGGUCAUAGAUGGCACUGCUCAGCUACCAGUUGAUGAGGCAAAGGCGUAUAAAAUUAAGUUUAUUGAUUUCGUGCAUGGCUUCAUGUCUGUGUUGGUAUUUGCCGCUGUUGCACUGCUUGAUAAGAACUUUGUGUCGUGUUUUUAUCCUGUGUUGUCGGAGGAGAUGGAGCAGCUUAUUGCGAGCUUGCCGGUGGGGAUGGGGGUUGUGGGGAGCGGCUUCUUUGUUGCUUUUCCGACUACAAGGCAUGGAAUUGGAUUCCCUCUCUCUGCUGCCUAAAUGCUUUUAAUUUUUUUCGUGAAAUCUUAAUUAUUAAUUUAUUCAAUCUGUAUUUUGGGAUUGCUUUGUAAAUUCGUCAUUUGGUUUUCCUCACGAGAAAAAGGUUACAACGUUUGACUUGCAUGUUAAGGAAAGC